AUCGCCCAGGCAGCGUCUUUCUCUGCCUGCGACUUCAGAAGCCCUGAGCUGAGGUUCGCGGUCAGGAUGGCUCUGCGCUCCCUGUCCCUUGUGGUGGUGAUGGUGGUGGUCGUUCUGCGGGAGAGCUGCUUCGGCGCCUCCUCCCACUCCCUGAAGUAUUUCUACACCGGCAUCUCGGAGCCCAGUCAGGGGCAGCCCCACUUUGUCACUCUGGGGUACGUGGAUGAUCAACUCUUCAGUUACUAUGACAGCAACAGCCAGAGGAUGGAGCCUCGAGUCUCCUGGAUGGAGAAGGUGGGGAAGGAGGAUCCCAAGUACUGGGACAGAAACACCCAGAGAGAACGUGACUCUGAGGAAUGGUUCAGAGAAAACCUGGAGAACCUGAGGAAUCGCUACAAUCAGAGCGAAGGCCUUCACACGUGGCAGAGGAUGGUCAGCUGUGAACUCCAGGGAAACGAGAGCAAAGGAGGGUUUUGGCAGUAUGGCUACGAAGGAAAGACCUUCAUCACCUUCGACAAGGAGACCCUCACUUGGGUGGCUUCCAACCCCCAGGCCCAGAUCACUAAAAGGAAAUGGGAUGCUCUUCGAACACAAAAUCAAUACAUUAAGUCCUACCUGGAGGGGGAAUGCAUUGAGUGGCUGGAGAAGUACCUGUCCUACGGGAAGGAGACGCUGCUGAGGACAGAGCCUCCAGUGGUGACGGUGAGCAGCAAGAUGGAAAUGGAGGAUGGGAUGGAGACGCACGUCUGCCGCGUGGAUGGCUUCUACCCCAGGGAGAUCGAUGCCUCCUGGAAGAGGGAUGGGGAGGUCUGGCUGCAGGACACCCACCAUGGGCCUGUGGCCCCCAACGCAGAUGGGACCUACCACUACUGGCUCAGCAUCCGGAUCGAUCCCAAAGAGAGGGACCGCUAUCAGUGCCACGUGGAGCACGAUGGGCUGCAGGACCCUCUGGACGUGGCCAUAAAAGAAUCCAACCUGGGGCUCAUCAUCGGAUGUGUUGUGGGUGGUCUUGUCCUGGUGUGUCUGAUUGUUGGGAUCUUGGUAUUCUUCACACGAGUGGACAGUCCCAGCAUGAGGAGAGGAGAGAAGAUGGGACCGACCUUCUCCUGAAUUAGGCUGGACUCUCAGGCCCAUCCUGCAUGCUUGGAACCAGGAUGCAUUUGGGGUCUUUCACCAUCGCUUUUAUCAUUGGAUCAGUAACCUUUUGUAUUACGAUUGAGGAACGGAGGAGAAAAGAACAUCUUAGGUGUCUAUAAUUAUCUAAUCAAAAGGAUUCAAACUGGGAUUAGUAGAUAUUAUUUUAUUUUUUAUUUAUUUGUAUCCUGCUGAAGACAUGGAAGAUAUCUAACACCUUCUCCUCCUAUUUCCCCCACAACAACCACCCUGGGAAGUGGGUUGGGGUCAGAGAGAAUGACUGGCCCACCCAAGCCGUCUUUCGUGGCUAAGGUGGGACUUGAACUCACAGUCGCUUUCUAGCCUGGUGCCUUAACCACUACACAAACUGCCUUGUACAGCUUGUAAUAGUGUUGUAAUAUAACUUGUAGCAAGUAUGUUGUUAUUUCUGAUGUCCUUUAAUGGGUUUCUGCUGAUUAACAGGUUUUAGAGAAAGGCCCAUAGCGAAUGGGGCGAGGAAUAGGAUGAAGAGUUGCUGGUUUCACUUUAAGGGAGAGUGGAUUGGAAGUAGAGGCUUUUUUCUCUCUCAUUUUUCUUUGUAUAAGUUGUAUAAUGAAUAGUAUGUACCAUAUACUGCCAUUUAUGGAUUUUUACAGUUUUGAAAAAUGUAAUAGGAACCUUCUCCCAUCAUGCCGUGCUGAAUGGACAUAAUUUUUUUCUGCUGCCAAUGAACAGCUGAUUUUGCCACAAAGUUGGUUAUUUGGCGGCUUUACUCCCUGUUUUUUAAAGGGGAGACUAGGAACAACCCAAGAUGACCUUCGGACAAUCAUGCACAGACAGAGAAGAGAGGGGGCUGGAUCUCUUGCCAUCCUUUCCCUUCAGCUGCUCAGCUUUCUUAAGCACACCCGGGUUUUAAUUGCACUUCUGAAGCUUUACAAUCUCUUGAUUUAUGUCUAGCUCACUUCUGACCUAUUUUAUAACCUGGACUUUUACAACUUUUUUUCCCUCCUCUUUCAUUGUUUACCAUUAAUUUUAAAUUAUUAUUUUUUUAAUCGUAAGAAAGUUGCAAUGGAUUUUAUGUUUAUAUGUACACAGGAUUAUACUAUAAAUCUUGCUCUUUCUAGCUUUUUACCUUCUUUUUAUUAGAGUCUUGAUAUUUAACUCUUAAUUUUUAUGGAAAAAAUUCCCCUUUUUUAACACUAGCGGAAAAAAUCCUUUCCCCCUGUGGAAGCUGUUGCUUAUCUGCUUCUUUGUCCUUGAAGAGAAAACCGAAAGUGUUUUUCAUGUCUUCGAAAGGCGAUAAAUUAUUUUGGGAGAUAACCGAAAAAAGAAUGCUCUCCAAUGUACAGGAUCUAUGACAGGUCUGUUAGGCUGCAAAUAGAUCUACAAGAUUAUAAAUUUUGGACCUCUUUUGCAAGGGGGAAAUAGAUUUCUCAGCGUUCAACUGGGGAGGGCCUAAUAUGUCUUUUCUUGUUUUUUCAUUAAUUUUUUUCCAUGUUUUUGUUUAGUUUUGUUCUGUCUCUGUUCAAUUCUUUUCUUUUGGAUUUUAAUCUUUUGCAUAAAAUACAAUAAAAUGGUCAAUUCUAAGAAAAGUGGAACAGGAGAUCCACAGUUUGGCCUGGCUCCUUUCCCCCUAACUGUUGCACACAUACCAUAAGAAUACGAAAAUAGUUUGUUGAAAAUAAAUGGUUUUGCCUUCUUC